AGCGAUGAUUUUCAUAACUUUUUUAGAGACUUGGAUUUUACAUAAGGAUGACCGCGAUUAUAUUAGACUUCUGAAACAUUUUCGAUGCCAUCUGAAUCAAUAAGCAUAUUCUGGCUGAAACAAAAUCAAAGCCGAAGCAUGUAUGCAAGGAAUAUAUAUGUCGACUCUGAGAACGAACGAAUGCUCCGAUUCAGAACUACUGCAUAUGUGUACCACUGAGACAUCUAGACUGGUCUUGGACCCUCUGAUAAACUCACUGGAGACACUUAGUUGCUGAUUGGUAGUAUCGAACUCUUUCUGGGCGAUUCAAAUGAUUACGAAGCGGGAACCGAUGGUGUCUAUGGGAGUGAACGAUGGCAGUAGUCGUAUUUCAACUCCCUCGCCCUCAUCAUCCUGCUGUUCUUCCUCAACUGUGGACCAACUCCAGUUUGCCAUCUCUUCACCACCAUCUACUGUGUCAUUUCCCCGCUCAAUGGGAAACUCUUCUGGCACACAUAACCUCCUGGACGGUAGAGACCUCCAACACCUCUCGCCCUCUCCUGGAAAUGGGAGCAACAGCAGCAUCGCCGGAGUCAUGUCGCUGGCAUCAAUGGCCGCCGCAACGCCAUCCCCCACCCACUCUCUCCACGCAAUGGGGAUGGGGGGAAGCAACAUCUUCAUCACGCCCCCCUCACAUCACAUGCACUCGCCCCCCGAAAUAGCAGGUAUGGGGGGACUCAGUCCGGAAGGAAUCGAGGGUGUGUCCGCUCUAUCCCCAUCGUCACUGAACAUGGCAGCUGUAUUUGCGAACUCGGCUCAUCAUAAUACCCCAAUGGGUGGAAGUCCUGGAAACAAUUCGAUGGGAGUGAAGAAUCACCAGAUGUGUGGAGAGUGUGGUAAAGUGUUCACUUCGUCCAGUGCUCUGGCCAAACACAAGCUCACACACAGUGACGAGAGGCGCUACUCAUGCAACCUCUGCCACAAGAGAUUCAAACGGCAGGACCACUUAAAUGGGCACAAAUUGACUCAUAGUGCGACGAAGCCGUUCGUGUGUUGCGAGCCAGAGUGUGGAAAGAGCUACUGCGACCAGAGGCAGCUGAAGAGACAUUUGGCCAACCAGCAUGGCAAGCUACAGGUGGACUAUGCACAGCUGCGCAAGAGCAAACUCUUCUCGCCCUCGAACACCACUCUGGUGACUAUCCAAGGGGUAAAUGGGAAUGAGACGCAGAUGUAUGCCAUAGCAGCCGCCGCCUCAGACGAGAACCCAACCAUCGAGAAAGAGUCAACUUGUCCUGUCUGUCACAAGACAUUCCCCACCCUCCCUGCACUCAAUGGCCACAUGCGAUUGCACGGGGGCUACGACAAAGAGACAAAAGAGCAGGCACUCAAGGAACGAGACAGGGACAAGACAUCAUCUCACAAGUCAGCUAACAAAUCAUCCACAGCUGUCAGUAGCAAUGGAACCCUUUUAUCAUCGACGUCCGGCUCCUAUUCUGGGCUAUUUGAUGAUCGGGACCGUUUUGGUGGCGGGUCUGUUGGGGAGGGAGCAGUGACAGUCAGUCUUCCCCUGAGCAUCAAUUCCAAUCCAACAUCUGCAUCGCCGCCUCUGCCCACACUCUGUAGUCUGAACAGUAGCAAUGGGGGACUAGGAUCCAACUCUUCCUCCAACGUGUCUUCCCCUGCCCAGCCGCUGGCUUUGACAGUGCCUCACAAAACACUAUCAUCCGAAGUGCAACUGCCCCGCUCACAGAACCAGAGUCCUCAGCUUAACCUACAACAUCAUCUAGCUGCCUUUUCUCAACCGCACGAGAAGAGCCUGACGACAGAUGUUGAGCAGUCACGCAAUGUACUGAAUCAGAACCAAGUGCAGAAUCCUCAUGAUUUGGUAUCCUCGAAUCCCCUGAUCUCGGUUCUGAGAGAUGCCAUAGUAUCACAGUCCAUAUCCAUGUCCUCUCAAGGGAACCUGAUGCCCUCUCACCACAAUAUCCCAUUCCAGAACCAUUUUAUACCUACCCCGCCCUCGUCGUCCACACAUAACUCCUUCUCAGUGAUGGAUCUGAUGCAACCAUAUGCUUCCGAAGCCUUGGACUCAUUGAAGGGAACUAUGAUGACUAAAGUAGAACAAUCCACUUGUGAGGCGGACCGGAAACCACUCAUCACCAACAAGUUUUUCAACCCGGCAGUGUUUGCUUCUAGUUUUGAGAAAGUGGUGAAACAUCGAACGAUUCCUGGCACCGCCAUGCAAUCUAUUGAGCAUCCCAUGGAAAGCGAUCACACGAUAUUAAAUGUACAGUCGCCUCAAGGAGUCGCAAUAUCAGAGCAAAACUACACGCAUAUCACUGGUUCGUUGCAGAAAAGUCAGUCGUCACAGUCGAUGACUCUGGCCUCUUCUCAAAACAGCUUUUCUGUGGAUUCAAUCCAACAGCCUUCGAUUAACCGUGUGGAUCUCAGCAAGUCAAACCACAUGGGCCUUCCCCCUCAGUCUGCCUUGAAGUCGCCUUUCAUCGCCAGGAGUCCGGGGCCUUCCAAAUCAGUGCACUUCGUCUUUCCCCCACCCACAAGUCACGCCCUCACGAGGAACAGCCACAGUGACCAAAAUUUAUUGAGAGAGCAAGGGUACGCUGGCAACAACAUCCAAAGCAGCUCCCCAGAACUGAAAAACUUUCGAGGUUUCCCAAAACCCACAGCUGGAAUCGUGGCGUCAUCCUCUGAGAUGAAGCGAGAUGUUCAAAGCACUUCACGGACAUACGAAAGACUUCCACCGCCCUACAGCGUAGCAGCCGACUCAGAUGACUAUGGUAAUCUGACAGCAACAAAAUCGGGACUGAAAGGGCCUUCAGCGUUGCCGAGACAUCUGAAUACUUCUAGAAUGGACUCGGUAACGAGCCGGAACCGCAGUUUCUCAGUGGAUGAAAGAGCUUUGAGACCGAAGCCGGAGCUAGAUGAGUUCCUGACUGUAUGUGACGAGUACAUUCAGAGUGAAUUGGAAAAAAUGAACAGGCGUCGAAUGACUCUGGGUGGUGCAGACAGCCGGGAACAGGGUUAUCUGAAAGUGAGCACAGAUGGUUCAAGUGCUAGGAUGGGAGCCACUGGAGGUUCUCAAGACAGCACGGGUAGUAAUUCAAGUUCCAGGCAUGAAUCGCCCAAUAUCUCGCCGACAGAAAAAGACGUGGUGUCGCGACUUAAAAGUAAUAUCGUAGAGGAAGCAGAGGCGGUCGAAGGAUGUUUUGGGGAACAGGAGGAUAUGGAUGAUGAAGAUGAUGACGCAUUCCUACCUCCUGAUGCAGUAGUGACUUCUGCACAGCUAUGCAAUAUCAAAUACCCUCUUCACAUGCCUUCGUCGUCUGCAAUGACGUCAAGCAAAUCGCAGUUCAAAAGACCAGCGCCUUUGAACAUUCCGAAAAGCGUGAGCAACUUCACGAGAACGAGUCAACAGACAAGUGGCGCUGGGUCGUGGAGACCCGAAUACUACAAGCACUGUCUGUCAGCUUCUUUCGCUGUAGACAACAACGACAAUUCUUUGUUUCCGUUUGCAAACCCAGCCACAAGCCAGGAACAACCCUUGACUCCAUCGCAUGCAAACACAGGACUGCUUACUCCAGACCGAUUGGACGAACUAUUUCCAGACGAACCUGUUUUGAGGCGCAAUUCGGUUGCAACAUUCCCAUGUAGAUUAGACGAGGAAAUUGUGCAUUGUUCCAAGGAAGUCCCCAUCACUACCUUCGCCAUGCAGCUCGUCGGUCCGCCUAACAUUUCAGCUGAAUCUAACCCUACCAAGGGAUCCCAAUAUAGCACAGAGUCGGGAAAGAGUUCUUUUGGCGGAAUUAGCGGAGGAGGAAACUUGGGUCUAGUUGUAUCGGUGUCGGGAAGAAGACAUUCAACAAGCGAAGUGUCCCCUUCGAAACUAAACAACAAUCUCUCUCCUCCAGGAGUGUUCAAAGUGCCAGGUUCCAUAGCACCCUCAGUCAUGACUGCACAGCCGAUGUCUGCAAGUGGAAGCAAGAUGGGUCCUGGUAGUAGUAACAGACAUCACAGUUCUAUGGCGGUGGUGAUGGAAGAAAGAUUCCAGUUCCAGGGAGAUAGAGAUGGUUUGGGGUCUUGUGAGGAGACUCCUCCGAGUAAUAUGCGACGCAGCUUCAAGCCCAGACCCAUACACAUUCCCAAGCAUAUCUCAACUGGUGUCUUCCGAAGCUGCCUCAAAUCUCCCAGACUGAGUGUGGGUGGGUAUGGAAGUGGCGCUGCUCUGAUGAGUGGGGGAUUUGGACUGGAGAGUGCCCCCUACACUCCCCCUCCGAUGCUCACCCCCAAGAGACUGGGACCAGGGCUGUUCACCGGCAACUUCCCAAACGCCUCCUUUGAGAACAGACAACUCCGAAGAAGUGAACGAUCGGGGAGCUUCAGUGCGGACAUAGCUAAUAUGAAUGAGCCGGAACUGGAGCCGAAGAUCAAUGUCGGAGCAUCGUUCCAAGCAGAAUUGCCCCCCUCUCCUUCCACCCCAGGGGGGUUGGAUGAGAUAGAAGAUAGGGCAGUCCUUUUGUGGGCACCCAUGUUUGACUGGUCCGUAAACGACAUCGAGAUCGACCAGUAUCUGUCGGCGGCGAACUCCUGCUGUGUGAAUGGGGGAGGGGGCAACACUGAGCUGGCCUUCCACCAAUUGGCGAAGGCGGGGGGCAAUGUGAAGGUUGCCAUGCGUAGUCUGCUGCAGAGAAGACAAAAACUCCACCUCACAGACCCUCUGUCAGACUAUCACUACCAGAAUGGUGCUUACUGGUCCACCGAGGAGAAGCAAGUGUUCGUGAGAUGCUGGAGCUCAUUCGGAAAGGACUUCUACGCUAUGGCUAAAUAUCUGACGAGCAAGCGACUGUCUGACAUAGUGGAGUACUACUACUGUUGGAAGCUAAUAUCCCCAGACUACAAGAAGAUGAAGAACAGUGGGGGAGAUACGAUCUCACACAAGAAAAUGACAGCUGUCAGUCCAGCCUCGAGUAUCCACAGACAGAGUAGCAGUGCUAGUAGCAUUGGCAGUACAGGUAGUGGGAAGGACUGUGAGUUGAUGAGUAAUAACAUGGACCAGAAACAGAGGCAGAGAACAAGAGUGGCGAGUAGCGGGUUUGGGGGACUAAGUAGGAGUGGUAGUGUGAGCGAGUCCCCCUCGUGGCAUUUAGGAGGGGGGUUGAGUGCGGAGAAGAAGCGACGCAAGUUAAGUUGUCAGUGGGACAGUUGUCAUUCCCAGUUCGACUCAAUAACAGCUCUCAAUGCCCAUUUGAUGUCUGUGCAUGGAGCAAAUCCUAGUCCAGUUACACCUGGAUUGGUGGGUAGCCAAGGUCACGUGAUGUCCAUGUUGUCUCGAACUCAUUCGGAGUCGGACGUGGGCGAAGUGGAAGCACAACAGCAGUACAGAAGGACGCCUCCGGGAACACUCACGGAAGGCGAAGUUGUACCUGGAACCAGAAUUGUCACUCCUGAGAAUGGAUCACCGCAAGGAAGUAAUAUCAGCCAUAAUAAUCGCUCUCUCGUGGAAGUGAAGAAGGAACAGGCCUUUGGCCAGGGUUCUGAUGUUGGAGGGAGAGGAGGCAGUUAUUCUAAGUCACCAGUGACAGACGAGACGGUGUUAGAGUUGUCGCCUGCCUCCAAUGGUCACUUUCCCUGCGAGAUAUGUGGAAAAGUUUUCUCGAAAGUGAAGAGCCGCAAUGCCCAUAUGAAGAUGCACAGGCAUCAGCAGCAGCAUCAUCAACCACAGAGCAGUCAGAAUCUACAGCCACACCAGCUAAACAUGCAUCCGCUAGGGCACUUCCAGGCUGGAACAGGACCCUUGGGCAAUAUGUUGACGAACAGUGAAAUGCACAUGUACAAUAUGGCAGCACAGCAAAACUCGACAGGACUGGUGGAUCCGAGAACCCCUCCGCCUCUGUCACUAAGCCAACAGGCAAACACAGGUAGUGCAUUCGCCUUCCCAAGACUGAACGGGACUCAUCACAACUCAGCUGCUUCUGCUGCUGCGAUGGCCAUGCAUUCCCACUUGAAAGCUAACAACAUGAAUAGCAAUGUUUCGAACGAUACCUCAAACCAGAUACAUCGAGCAAUGCAAUUCCAAGGAGCAGGCGGAUCCAUGGGAACAUUCCACUUGUCAAAUGGGAAUGGCGCCGGGUCUAUGUCUUCCUUGAUGAAUGGCACCGGAAUUCAAAUGCAGAUGAACCAUGCGUUAGAAAAGGGAUCUCAACGCGGGACCCUUUUCGAAGAUAGUUUACAAUUGAGUGGACAGAACCACGUAAAUGAUAACAAUAAUUAUGGAAUACGAAACAGUGUUAUGGAUCUGGGCAUCCGCCGGAAUUCCGGAACUGCUUGUGGAAACUCCGAGGGAACAAUAUUGGGCAGUACUAAUCAGCUACAGUUGCAUCAGAUGGCGUCCAACUUAGAAAUGAGUCGGAUGGCGGCGGCCGCUGCUGCUGUUGGACCCGCAAAUUACUCUGUAGGUUUCAACCACAACUACACGACAGUAGCGGGACAGCACCAACAAGUGCAGCCGACUGUUGCGGGGUCCUCUUCUUUAGCAGUGUUGUCGUCGUCUCCACAUCCCCACAACAUGCCUCUUCAUGACUCAAACCAAUUCAGCCACCCACAAAUACACUCUUCCAUUUUCCACAGAUGACAAUCAAAAGACCUUCUAAAUGGGCAAAAUAAGAUUGGAACUACUACAAAUUGGUAUUGAUAGGAUUUUUUUAAAGUAUGAGCGAGCUGUAUCAGUGGAUUCCACUUCUAAUGUUGCUUUGGUUUGUCUGGUCCGAAAUGUCGAUCAUGUUUCGGUAUGUCUAUUUGAUAAAUUUGUGAGAUAGCUGAGUACUUCUGAUUGGGUAUGGAUUGCUAUAUCGUCUAUUCUUUCUUCUGUCCUAUAAUACGGUCCAAUGAUUCCUUUCGUUGUCUCUUUUGGUGUUUUGUGUUGGUAGAUUAGUUUCAAUUGUAUAUGUAGUAGUCAUAGAAUAGUACAGUAAUACAAUGUAUUAUAAAUGACCUCAAAUAUUUCAAAUAUCCUCACAAUGAUAGUUACUAUGUGUCUUUCUGGACACACGAACUGAUCAAAAGUUAUCUCGUUGAAUUAUCGCAGAAAUUGAACCUUUUUUGAAAAUAAAAAACA